CCAGGAUGGGAUAGGACACCACAGAUCCAUGGCAGCCCUAACCCCCUUUCUCUCACCCAUCUUGUUCUGCAGGGGUGUUCCAUCACCAGACACCACACCCAACCCCGUCAAGGCGAUGAGCACAGCAGGCACAGAUGGCAGCAAUCACAGCCAGGAUUUUACCCUAAUAAAUUCCAGCUCCAGCAAAUAGAGUUUCUCAAGGGACAGCUCCCAGAAGCACCUUUAAUUGGAAAGCAGACACCAUCACUGCUGGGCCCCGUCCUCCCAGGAUUCUGGCCAAGGUUUCCAGAACCAUCUGCCUCAGACAGGCACCAAGAGAUCUGGGGCAAACAGCUCAGAAGUCAGGGGCUCCACAUAAGACCCCAGCUUCCUUUGCCAUGUGGUAGGGUUCUGUCAUGGACAGGUGUUGAUAGGCUCUCCUCACACUUCCAGGAGCUGAGCAUCAGACAGGAUCAAGAGCAAAAGAUCUUAGAGCUCUUGAAAGAGAAGGCUACCACAGUACAUGAGCUGGCUAGGAAGCUCAAGGCCCAGAAGAAGGAAGUCAAUCAAGUUUUAUACUCUCUAGCAAGGAAGGGUAAGCUGCAGAAGGGGGUAGGAACACCCCCUUUGUGGAGCAUCACAACCUCAUUUCAGCCCCAGGACCAACCCAACAGUGUAGUGAGUCCAGACAAUCAAAGCCAGGGUGCCCCUGACUCAGAGCCCAGUUUGAAAGCUGAAGAGGAAGAUCCCACAUCUGACUUAGAAGAUCCUCCUGAGCCUUUUGAUAUGGCUGAGAUCAAGGAGAAAAUCUGCAACUACCUGUUCAAUGUGCCUAACUCCUCUGCCCUGAAUGUGGCUAGAAGUAUUGGCUUCAGCAAGGCCCGAGAUGUGAAUACAGUGCUGAUUGACUUGGAAAGGCAGGGCGAUGUCUACAGGCAAGGGGCAACCCCUCCCAUUUGGUAUUUGACAGACAAGAAGCGAGAGAGGAUGCAAAUCAAGAGAAAUACACGAAGUGUUCCCGCAGCCACUCCAGCUGCUGUCCCUGAGACCCAAAGAAACAUGGCACUCUCCACCUGUCAUUUACCCUCAUCACAGGCCUCAAAUAAGAUGGUAACCACAGUAAAAAUGGAGAAUGGGCAGGGACCUGUCCUAAGGUUUGAAAGCAGGAGAGAGGGCAGACCAAUGAGACUGAAACCACCUGUCUAUCACAAUGGCCCAUCGAGAGCAGGGUAUGUUGACUUUGAAAAUGGCCAGUGGGCCACAGAUGACAUCCCAGAUAACUUGAAUAGCAUCCGCGCAGGUGAGUUUCGAGCCAUCAUGGAGAUGCCCUCCUUCUACAGCCCUGGCUUGCCACGCUGUUCCCCCUACAAGAAGCUGACAGAGUGCCAGCUGAAGAACCCUGUCAGUGGGCUGUUAGAGUAUGCCCAGUUCGCUAGUCAGACCUGUGAGUUCAACCUGAUAGAUCAGAGCGGACCGCCUCAUGAACCUCGAUUUAAAUUCCAAGUUGUCAUCAGUGGCCGAGAGUUCCCCCCAGCCGAAGCUGGUAGCAAGAAAGUGGCCAAGCAGGACGCAGCCCUGAAAGCCAUGACAAUUCUGCUUCGGGAAGCCAAAGCCAAGGACAGCGGAAACCUGGAAGACUUGUCCUGCUGUUCCCUGGAGGAUGAGCUGGAGAAGACAGAGGAGCAGGAGGCCUCCACCCCUUCAGCAACCUCCUUAUUGUCUGGGAAGAGCCCUGUCACCACGUUGCUUGAGUGCAUGCACAAAUUGGGGCACUCCUGUGAAUUCCGUCUCCUGUCCAAAGAAGGCCCUGCCCAUGACCCCAAGUUCCAGUACUGUGUUGCUGUGGGAGCACAAACUUUCCCCACAGUGAGUGCCCCCAGCAAGAAGGUGGCAAAGCAGAUGGCCGCAGAGGAGGCCAUGAAGGCUCUGCAUGAGGAAGCAGCCAGCAUGGAUAACCAGUCUGGAGAUGUGGAAUCACUUGAUGGCUUGGAGCCCAAUAAGAUCGGGAGGAUCGGCGAGCUUGUCAGAUACCUGAACACCAACCCAGUGGGCGGCCUGUUGGAGUAUGCUCGCUCCCACGGCUUUGCUGCUGAGUUCAAGUUGGUCGACCAAUCUGGACCUCCUCAUGAACCCAAGUUCGUUUACCAAGCCAAAGUUGGGGGCCGCUGGUUUCCGGCCGUCUGCGCACACAGCAAGAAGCAAGGCAAGCAGGAAGCAGCGGAUGCGGCCCUCCGUGUGUUGAUUGGGGAGAACGAGAAGGCAGAGCGCAUGGGUUUCACAGAGGUAACCCCAGUGACAGGGGCCAGUCUCAGAAGAACUAUGCUCCUCCUCUCCAGGUCCCCAGAUGCACAUCCAAAGACACUGCCUCUCCGCGGCAGUACUUUCCACGACCAGAUAGCUAUGCUGAGCCACCGGUGCUUCAACGCGCUCACCAACAGUUUCCAGCCCUCCUUGCUGGGCCGCAAGAUCCUGGCUGCCAUCGUGAUGAAGAGAGACGCCGAGGACAUGGGUGUCGUGGUCAGCUUGGGAACAGGGAAUCGCUGUGUGAAAGGAGACUCUCUCAGCCUGAAGGGAGAAACCGUCAAUGACUGCCAUGCUGAAAUCAUCUCCCGGAGAGGCUUCAUCAGGUUCCUCUACAGCGAGCUAAUGAAAUACAACCAUCGUACUGCAAAGGACAGCAUAUUUGAGCCUGCUAGGGGAGGCGAGAAGCUCCAGAUAAAAAAGACUGUCUCAUUCCAUCUCUAUAUCAGCACUGCUCCGUGUGGAGACGGCGCCCUCUUCGACAAGUCCUGCAGCGACCGCGCUGUAGAAAGCACAGAUUCCCGCCACUACCCUGUCUUUGAGAAUCCCAAACAAGGCAAGCUCCGCACCAAGGUGGAGAAUGGGGAAGGCACAAUCCCUGUUGAGUCCAGCGACAUUGUACCCACUUGGGAUGGCAUUCGACUUGGAGAGAGGCUCCGAACCAUGUCCUGUAGUGACAAAAUCCUACGCUGGAAUAUUCUAGGUCUUCAAGGGGCACUGUUGACCCACUUCCUACAGCCUGUGUAUCUCAAAUCUGUCACACUGGGUUACCUUUUCAGCCAGGGGCAUCUGACCCGCGCUAUUUGCUGUCGUGUGACAAGAGAUGGGAAAUCGUUUGAGCAUGGACUACGAUAUCCCUUUACUGUCAACCAUCCCAAGGUUGGUCGAGUCACUGUGUAUGACUCCAAAAGGCAAUCUGGGAAGACGAAGGAGACAAGUGUCAACUGGUGUUUGGCUGAUGGCUUUGACCUUGAAAUCCUGGAUGGUACCAGAGGCACCGUGGAUGGACCAGGGAACGAACUGUCACGGUUGUCCAAGAAGAACAUUUUCCUCCAAUUUAAGAAGCUCUGCUCCUUCCGUUACCGCAGGGAUUUACUGAAACUCUCCUAUGGGGAGGCCAAGAAAGCUGCCCGUGACUACGAGACAGCCAAGAAUUACUUCAAAAAAAGCCUGAGGGACAUGGGCUAUGGGAACUGGAUAAGCAAACCGCAGGAGGAAAAGAACUUUUACCUCUGCCCGGUGCCUAAUGACUGACUGCGUGGGGCAUUUCCCACGGGGUGAGAGGGUGGUCCAUUGCAUUCCUCAUCACAUUGAUCAGGGGUCUGGGGGGCUUUUUUUAAACCCCUUUUUAUUUUAAUGGAACCAUAGUUGGUGGUUUUGAGAACUCUGAGUUCCCAUUUAUCCUGCUUUCUUUGGGAGUUUUAGCGUGGGCCAGGCUGGGGCCCCCUUCUCUUUUCCUGAGUGAAGAGCCAGAGAUCUAAAGGAAGAGAAAAGCAUUUAUCUUUCCACCCAAAUCAUCAGCAGUCACCGAGCACCUACAGCCAUUUCCUCUUUUGUGUUUUGUUAUGUUUUGGGUUUUGGUUUGUUGUUUUUUUCCCCAUUUCCUUUUUUCUUUGUUUGCCACACUGACCUCUUGUGGACUUGAAUAGGUUCCAGUCAGUUCUUUGUGAAUCAUGUCAGGGACUAAUGAUUUCAUUUAUGGGUUCUGCAGGCCCCUCAACUUCCCUUCCCUUCUGGGGUUUCUUCCUGUGGCCAUGACCAUUCUGCUUCUCCUUCCCCACCCCAGAGCACUAAGAGAUGAAUGUAAAGAAUUUGGUGACACAUUUACAAGGGCAGGAGUUGAAAACUGCCCUCGGUGCCAAUGGAAAUGUGCCUGGAACCUGCAAAUCCUACCUGGUGUGGGGUCUUGCGUGUCAGCCAGCUGGGGGAAAGCUGCUGAAAGCUGCACGAGGGAGGUGCUACCCUUCCCCAAGCAGCUAGGGGCGAGAAGCAGCUGGAAUGCACUGGGGAAGCCGCCCAAGCAGUAGCCGAGGCUUCCCCACGCAGGAGGCAGACAUUCCUUGGAAUAUGGCCAAGUUCCCAUCUGCCCUUCCAUCGGAAGCAUUCCUAGGAAUUUACCCUGCCUCCUAUAAGGAGUAGGGCCAGAGAGCCCAACCAACUGAUAGGGGGAAAAAUCCAAGACAUAGCCUUGCAGACAAAUCAUCUCUGCUCGGUUAGAGCUUAGUGAGAAUAAAGGCCAAAAAAAUCAUGUUGGGUCAGAUCACUGUUCCACCUGGUAUAAUACUUCUCAUGGCAUUGAUAACAAGGGGAGUUGGCUAGGCCUUGUGCAAAUUAGGAGUGAGUUGUUGUUAUUGCUAUUUUAAUGCCAGAGAUGUUGAUUCUUAUCUGUGAUUGCACAGAUUUAAAAUUCAGAUUUGAAAUUCAUGCAAGUGCUUUCAUGUUGCCAAAUGGCUUUUGAAGCUGGUUUGCAGGCAGGGCACAGGUCUGAGGCCUUUCUGCCCAUUAGGGAGUCUUGAUGGGUCGACAUACAAGAAGACAGUAGUUAGGUAAAAGGGCAGAUGGUCCUCACAGUCUGUGGUGGACUCCCCUGUCUACAUCUCCACCAAACAUUGACUUGUGCUGUCUGAGCCUAUGGCUUCUAUGGAACCUGCCUUGUGGCUAAGUCAGCCGGACACACUCAAGAGGACAAACAAGGCUCUGCUUCUCCCAGGACUUGAGCCUCUCUUUCCUUUGGAUGGUGUGUCUUCACCUGAAAAAGGCUGUCUGGGCUCCCUCACCCCUGACCUGCUGAUAGUUACCCUCCCUCUGCCCGCCUCUUCAACAGUAGAUAGAUCCACAUUUGCACUUUUAUUCUUCUGGCUACUACUAUACCCUCCAUAUCUAAGACCAAAAAUUGAUCAAGGUAAGAAUGCGUGAUUUUUUAAAUACACCAACAGUGUCUUUGAGGAACACUAAUGGAAUUGUUGUUCCCAAGGACCAGGUAGGGAAAUGGUGCCUGUCUCUGGGGUAGAUAGGGUCUGCUCCCAGACUUUGUGAAUACUGCCACACUUGGAAUAGUAGCUGAUGGCCCAGGAAAUCAGUCCUGGCACCUGCCUCCGAGGCAGAGCAAUCUUGGAGGUCCCCAGCCAUGGGGAGGAGGUGCAUCCUGUGGGCUCUCCAGGCUGAGUGGUUAUCACCCGAUUCCUCAGGGUGUUUGGCCCUCUGGUCCGUCUUGGGCAUUAGAAUCUUGGGCAGAGCUGCCUCAGCCACCUCUUCAUUAGCAAGGAGCACAGGGCUCUACGAUCAGAGCCCUUACUUGACCCCAGGACCUUAGCUAGCAAACUGGUGAUAUUUGGUUUCUGCUGAAGGAAGGCAAUGAGGCAACCCUGCACUCCGCACGCCUGCUGGAAAUGAGCCGCAUCAGGCCCUGUCCUACCGCGUUCCCUUGCCCCUCCGAGUCCCGCAGGACCGAGAGGCACCGCUUCUACCCAGUGUUCUCCUUCCUUGUCCAAUCUUCGUCAAUAAGCAAUGCACCUAACAAUUUUUGUAGUUGAUUUGUCUGAACUGUGGCUAUUGUGUGGUCUUUGAAUAAUCACGUGUGCAAAUUGUCAGUGCUUGAAGCUAUUUCCUUGACUCCAGUUGAAAGGACUUUGUUGGCUUUGGGGUCUCAGCGGUGACUCCCAAGAGCAGAGUGGGGGAAGAGGCCAAGCAUAGCCUUGGUGCUGUGACAGCUGCAGUCCAGUUUUACGAUUAUGCUCUGUGUCCCUAAUGAAUAACAACAUACAUUCCUAAUAAAUAAAUAGUGAAAACCAGAACUAUCA